AUGUAUGUAAGCUAUAAAAAGAAUGAUGGUACACAAGUUAAAGUUCCAUUAGACAACAACUGCUACUUAAACUUAUAUGGAGACGAACAAAAGAAAUAUUUAAGAGUUUAUGAAAUGGCAGAUAUGACAUUGCCUGACCCAGCUCCAGCACCACAUUAUUAUGACUAUGGAGAUGACGACAGAACACCACAUGUAGAUGAACAAAAGCUAACAUUAUAUUUAGAUUAUUAUAGAUAUAAAAGAUAUAAUGCAAUAGAAAAAACGAGAAUAGUAUAUUAUUAUACAGAUGACAGAAAUAAAUAUUAUAGUCAAGAUUUUACCUACCCUGAAAACAUAAGAUUAUAUUAUAAAAAAUAUUCUGACACAAACCAGAAGAAACCUGAAAUAGUUGCACUAUAUUUUAAGUUCAAAAGAGACAAUCCUAUAAUAUCUCAUAUGUUUGAUUUAAUGAACCCAGUAGGUUCUAUUUAUACAUCUAUGGAAGCAAGAGGUCCUCAAGUAAUGUUUGGUGUUGGUGCAUGGGAACAAAUAGUCGACAGGUUUUUGUAUUGUGCAAACUCUUCAAAGGAAACAGGUGGAAGUAAAACGAUUUCAGGUGAAAAUUUACCUGCACACAGUCACUACAUAGAUUUAAGUACAUCUCAAGCAGGUUGGCAUAAGCAUAGAUAUUGGGAUUGGUCAGGAAUGACAAAAGGUAAAGGAUAUGAUGUUAAAGACGAGGUUAA